AUGAUCGUCAUUCAAUGGAUAUUUGUUAUAUUAAUUACUUUACCAGCAUUAUUAACAAAAGAUAUUUAUUUUCGCCCAACAUUUCUUUGUUGGGUACCAAAAGAAAGAUUAUUUCAUGUCACUAUUUAUGCAUGUGGAGCAAUACCAACUAUUAUCUAUAUAAUAACUAAAAUUGAAAUAUUUUGCUCAAUUGUUAUUAUUUUUUUACCAUUAUUUGUUACAGUUGAAAAAUUAACUGUUAUUUUACUUGAUAGACAAAUUCAAAAAAUUUUAAAAAUAUUUUUUUGUCAAACAACAACACAAAUUAUACCAAUUGCUGCUAAUCAACAGUAUUUUAUUCGACGUAUAUAA